AUGGUUAAAGUUAGUCUGGAUAACGUCAAAUUGCUAGUCGACGUCGAUAAGGAAUCCUUCUUUAAACCCUCCCCCACCACUGUGGGCGAUAUUUUGACUAAAGAUGCUUUAGAGUUCAUUGUUCUUUUGCACAGGACUUUCAACGGCAAAAGAAAGUUAUUAUUGGAAAAUAGACAAGUUGUCCAGAAGAAAUUGGACUCAGGUUCUUACCAAUUGAAUUUCUUACCGGAAACUGAGAGCAUCAGAAACGAUCCCACUUGGCAAGGUCCAAUUUUGGCGCCGGGGUUAAUCAAUAGAUCUACUGAAAUCACAGGGCCUCCUUUGAGAAAUAUGUUGAUCAACGCUUUAAACGCUCCCGUAAAAACUUAUAUGACUGAUUUUGAAGACUCUGCUUCUCCCACUUGGAAUAACAUGGUCUACGGUCAAGUUAAUCUCUACGACGCUAUCAGAAACCAGAUUAAUUUUGAUACGCCAAGAAAGUCUUACAAAUUGAAUGGGAAUGUGGCAGACUUGCCCACCAUUAUCGUGAGGCCUCGUGGGUGGCACAUGGUGGAAAAACAUCUUUAUGUCGAUGACGAACCAAUCAGCGCUUCCAUCUUUGACUUUGGUUUAUAUUUCUACCAUAACGCCAAGGAAUUAAUCAAAUUGGGUAAGGGUCCUUACUUUUAUCUACCCAAAAUGGAGCACCAUUUGGAAGCCAAAUUAUGGAAUGACAUCUUUUGCGUAGCCCAAGAUUACAUUGGGAUUCCAAGAGGCACAAUCAGAGCCACCGUUUUGAUUGAGACUUUGCCUGCUGCCUUUCAAAUGGAAGAAAUCAUCUAUCAAUUGAGGCAACAUUCUAGUGGGUUGAACUGUGGACGCUGGGAUUACAUCUUCUCCACAAUCAAGAGAUUAAGAAACGAUCCUAAUCAUAUUUUGCCCGAUAGAGACCAAGUUACAAUGACGUCCCCUUUCAUGGACGCGUACGUGAAAAGACUGAUCAAUACUUGCCACCGUAGGGGCGUUCAUGCCAUGGGAGGUAUGGCUGCACAAAUACCUAUCAAGGACGAUCCGGCAGCCAAUGAAAAGGCUAUGACCAAAGUCCGCAACGAUAAGAUCAGAGAAUUGACGAACGGCCAUGAUGGAUCCUGGGUCGCGCAUCCUGCGCUAGCCCCCAUCUGUAAUGAAGUCUUCAUCAAUAUGGGAACCCCAAAUCAAAUUUACUUCAUCCCUGAAAAUGUUGUUACAGCUUCUAAUCUGUUGGAAACCAAGAUCUCAAAUGGCGAGGUUACCACUGAGGGCAUUGUUCAAAACCUGGAUAUCGGGCUGCAAUAUAUGGAAGCUUGGCUGAGAGGUUCCGGUUGCGUGCCCAUCAACAACCUGAUGGAAGACGCCGCAACGGCAGAAGUCUCUCGUUGUCAACUGUAUCAAUGGGUAAGACACGGCGUUACGUUAAAGGACACCGGUGAAAAAGUCACUCCAGAGUUGACGGAAAAGAUCCUACAGGAGCAAGUGGAAAGACUAUCCAAGGCAAGUCCAUUGGGCGACAAGAACAAGUUUGCGCUGGCCGCUAAGUAUUUCUUGCCUGAAAUUAGAGGUGAGAAAUUCAGUGAAUUUUUGACUACGUUGUUGUACGACGAGAUUGUGACUACUAAGGCCACACCCACCGAUUUAAGCAAGUUGUGA